AGCAUGGUGAGCAAGGAGGGCAGCAGAUGCGUGCUCACCAACUCCGAGUCCGACUCGGAGGCGGCGGCAACGGCGGCGGCAACGGCGGCGGCGGCGGCGCCCUUGCCCUCCGCCUCGCUGGCGCUGCAAGUCAAGUAUUCUCUGGAUGCCGGUCGCCAGGUGAGGAAGCGGAACAAGGCCCUGCAAGUGCGUUUCAAGGAUAUCUGCGAGGCGCAAAACGAACAAAGGGAGGCGGAGUUGGCCAAGGAUGGGAAUCCGCUUUCUUACAAAGCGGCGUACCGCAAGUACAUGACCGUGCCCGCCCGCCGAUCCAUUCCCAACGUCACGCGCAGCACCGGAGUGCAAACGUCGCCCGACCUGAAGAAGCGCUACCAGACGUUCCCCUUCGAGCGCAAGAAAGGGCACACGCUGAAGCACGUGGCGGCCGUGGAAACGUACAGAGGUCAGGAUAAUGGAUUUGCCGUGGCGGUGAAGCCGGCGGCGCAGCGCUCUUUUGUCGAUGAGGGAGAGGAGGAGGGAGCCCCCGCGGGGAGCGGGGUUUGGCGGACCAAGGCGCUGCUCCAUACAAAUGAGCGCGUGGCGGCCAGGUUGGAGCAGCGCGCCGCGACCGAGGGCCCGUGCGAGGACACGGCGCUGCCGCCGACUAACUCGGACUACCAGCUCUGGGCCCCGACAUCCAAAGCGUUAGCGCAAAGAGAAAGGCGGCCGCUGGAUCAGGAGGAAGCCUCGUGCCGAUCGCGAACCCUGCCGGACAGGGCCUCCAAGGUGACGGGACCCAUCGCGUGGAACUCCCUCACAGAAGUUGAGUGCCUGGAUAGUCCGUCUGCACGGCACAAGCGCAAAAAAAGCCUGCAGCUCAACGGGCUGCAGAGCGAGACGUUGCCGCGCGCCGGCCGGGGCUGCGUCGCGCGGGCGCAGUGCCACGCCGCCGCCGCCGAGCCUCGGCCCGCUGACCGGGAGGCCUGCAAGCAAAUAGUGCCUAUGAAUCAGGAUGGCGAGGUAAAAGCACAGCUUGAAGCCAUGGAAAACCUCAUCAGCUCCAGCCAGGAGACCAUCAAGGUGCUGCUGGGGGUGAUCCAAGAACUGGAGAAGGGAGAGGCCCACAGAGAAGGGCUCUCCUAUCGCACCGGACAGGACACGGCCAACUGCGACACAUGCCGGAACAGCGCAUGCAUUAUUUACAGUGUGGAGCUGGACUUCAAGCAGCAGGAGGACAAACUGCAGCCGCUCAUGAAAAGGCUGUGCCCCUCGGACGACACCCGCUUCCCCGCCCUGCCGUACCCCCACGAGGCCUUCACCUCCACGCCCAAGCGCAAGUCCAAAGCCGAGUCUAAGAAGCACGCCCGCUGGAGACUUUGGUUCAUGUGAAGGUGUCGUGGGGAGGGGCGGCCAGAAAAAUCACGCUUUCCCGACGCGGCAGCGUCCGUCUGGAGCUAUUGUGGAAGCAAUUAGCGUCAAACGUGGUGUGAAGUCGCACCUUUGGCGAAAUGCGAUUAACGGCUGACUUUCGACGCAGCCGUCUAGGAGUUCCCUGACCCGGAUGGAAGUGGGUCACGUCGGGACUACUCGGACUUGCCACUCGCCUAAAGCAAAGCACAACUAACACAGUUCAGGAAACACUUUUUCCAGAUUACCGGGACUAUUUUUGCCGUCAAAAGAAAAGACGCCUACCCUCAAUUUUAUCCAUCUUUAAAGUGUCACCUUGACUUCUCGACUAACUUUGAAGGGGAUGUAUAUAAAAAGAAUAUUGUUAAAUGACACUUAUUUUCUUAAUGGCAUUUUUGGACAUCAAAGGACAUUUUUAUCUAGAACUGUAUUACAAUUUUAGCUGAAUAGAUUUAUCAAGUUCGAGCGUAUAAGCUCAGUUUUAUUGCGACUAAGCCACUGUCAUCAUUUAGAGCGGAGUCGUAGCUCUCAUAUUAUUUUAUUAGUUCCAGCCCUGAAAAGAAUAAAUACUACGAAUACACGCGAUUGUAUUGGCGCAGUAAACCGAGCCCAGAAGUGAAUGUACAGGUGUAGCCACGCAUUUUUGCAGAGUUCCACAUUUUCAAAAGGAAACUACUGAAUUUUAAGACAGAUUGACGUGUUCUUGUUCCCUUCUUACAUACUCGCAUCCCGACAAAGGACCCCAAAUAUCCGAUUAGCGGGAUUAUAAAUAUAUAGCCAAGAUAUUUGCAUUCAUUCUAAAUACAUUUUCCGAUAAUUACAUGAGUAGGCUUCGUUCUAUUUUACAAAUAGGCAUAGCUGAUACGUAUAAAAAGGUACAUUUAUUAAUAGGAAUGUAAAGUCACCUACCGAGCCAAAAAACAGCCAAGAAGUGGUUUCACGCGCAUAAAAAAAAGUGCCAGGACGAUUUGACGUCAACUUUAUGAGGCGCUUUGGUCCGUAGCGUUAAAAUUAGCACAGAGCGAAACCGACAUUAUUUAUCUGUAUCUUGAAAAAGUGCAAUUGCUUUACUAUGUGCAAUACUGUGUAUUUUAUACUGUUUUGAAAAACAUAUAAAUAAACAAACACUUUAUUAUGCAAAUGAUGAAGA